AUGCUGAUUCAUACUGAGUUGAUCCAGAAAUAUGGCUAUCGCACGGAGAGCCACGAAGUCGUUACGGAGGACGGGUAUAUCCUUUCGCUUACACGAAUUCUAUCGCAGAACGGUACAAAACCAGACACCUUGCCACUGCUGCUGGUCCAUGGGCUGUUCGCUAGCUCAGCCGACUUCGUGAUCAUCGGACCGAAUAACAGCCUCGCUUAUCUCCUUACCGACCGAGGCUACGACGUGUGGUUAGUGGAUCUGCGGGGCAAUCGAUACUCCAGCCGGCACACGCACUUGCAUCCCGACUCUCGAGCAUACUGGAACUUUACCUGGCACGAGAUGGGUUACUACGAUCUUCCGGCAACGAUCGACCGGAUUCUGGAGGUGACUGGCUCGAGUCAGCUGUACUACGUCGGCUACUCGCAGGGCGGUACAGCGUUUUUCGUGAUGGCCUCCGCCAGGCCGGAGUACAACCGAAAGAUCGCCCGAAUGUACGCCCUUUCGCCGGCCGUUUUCGUCCAGCACGUUCGCAGUCCCAUCUUUCGGUUUCUUAUUGCAAACAGUGACACCGUCGAGUGUAUACUGGAUAUCCUUGGAAUGUGGAAGGUGCUGCCUCACAACGCGGCCCAGUACCGAAUAUCCCGGGCGUUGUGCCCCCUUCAAGAUCCGGACACGAUUUGCAUCAGGAUGAUCGGUUUGCUCGUGGGCCCCAAUCCCAACGGAACGGAUACGGUAGCACAACACGUCAUAACCGGGCACAACCCUUCCGGAGCGUCCAGCAAACAGUUGGUGCACUUUGUGCAAAUGCAUCGAACCGGACGCUUCCAGCAGUUCGAUUAUGGCCGCAGAGAAGGGGGAAAUCGGGCACAUUACGGGGCGGAUGAACCGCCGGUGUACAACCUGACGGCGGCUACCGCGCCUGUUGCCAUUUUUUACGGUCUCAACGAUUGGAUGGUAGGCCCGGCCAAUAUCGCGCGGUUGGCGCGCACAAUUCCCAACCUCGUAAUGGAAACCGCUGUCGACGAUCAGCACUUCAACCAUCUCGAUUUUAUCCUAUCCAAACGGGUACGCACAUUGGUGUAUGAAAAAAUUUUGAACGAUCUGAAUGCCAGUAAAGCAACGCACUUGGGACGGAGCACCGGGCCACCGGAAGUCGGUUUAGCACCGGAAGACGGAGAAAAUCUGUUGUAAUUGUUGCACUUUUUCAUAUUUAAAUUUAAAAAACUGAAU